AUGGUGCUGGAGCUGUUCUCCAACAAGCAGCUGUUCCGCAAUGACUUCCUUCAGUCGACGCACAUGCUCGUGCGCAUCUGUCAGGCUUUCGGAACUAUCCCGUGGGAUCUCACAUUUUUCGAGACUGACAAGUCACCGAAGAACUGCUGGAAGACGCGGUUACUCCAGGCGGUUAACAGUCUCUACUCGAUCGGUAUUCUGGCCGCAGUGAUGGUCGCCACCAUUUUGCAGCACGUCGAGUUCGACUGGCACAUGCCAUUCAUGACGCGCAUGCUCUACAUCAGCGAGUACAUCACGGCUAAUGGUGUAGUGAUUAUGAUGCUGAUCGGGUGUCACUACCAACGCCGCUGUUACGGACGGUUCGCCGAACAACUCCUCACCGUCGCAAUUAACGUAGCCUCGUGUGGUGGAGCGGUUGAUUUCCAACGCAUCGGAAAGAUCCUGAAUCGGUUGCUGACCUGCUUGAUGUUGUUUUUCGCCGCUGUGCUGCUGGUGGAUCUGCUGUACAACGAUUGGAUGCUCUUGGAUUUCCUGCGCAGCUCCACCAUCUACACGCUCUCGAACGUGAUCAACGUGCUCGGGUUGGUGCAGUACUUCUAUCUGCUGUAUUUCGUGUUUCUCUUCUACCACGACAUGAACCGAUUGUUGAAGUCUUACACACGCUACUCGAUCGUUCGUGGUAAGCAAUAUGAUCGUCGAUUGACAACCGAGUUCGUCCUGCCAGCCGGGGUGUUGUACGACUACGCGCAGCUAGUGGAUAUCCUGCGUCGGACGCACCUGUUGCUCAGCAAACUGACUGAGCAGGUGAACGGAUGCUUUGGGGUGUUGAUCGUUUCAACAACGACCGCAUCGUUCAUCGUGCUGAGUUUGCAGUUCUUCGCCAUCUACCAGGCAACGACGGUGCGCAAGUGGACGAUAGCAGACACGUAUCUGCUCGUAUACACCGUGCUGUGGAUUGUCCUGCACGCCGCCAAGGUGUUGAUGAUCCUCUACCCGUGCCAUCUGGUGCAGCAAGAACGUGAUCGUACCGGGCCGAUUUUGUAUCGUUUCGAUUCCAACGAUAAGGACCUCACGAUGCACCACGCGCUAACGAAAUUCUCGAGCCAACUGCUGCACGAGCAAGGACCAUCGACGGCGUGCGGUGUUAUCAAUUUGGAAAUGACGCUCAUUAGUACGAUGGUCGGUGCCCUCACGACGUACCUCGUUAUUCUUAUACAAUUCGACACAGCUGUAACUCAAGGUCAAACGGGUGGCAACUCCUCCCACGGGAAUGGAACUCGCCCCAAUGCGACCCCAUAG